UUAAACUAAUUCUGUUGGUCCUCGAUUUGAAUGCUGCGGCUGUGCUACUAAAUCAUAGUUUUUCCCCUUAUUUGAUUCAAAUCAAUUCUAUUUAAACCGAGGACACCCACAAUAAAUAAACAAAUCGAAAAUUUGAACUGUUUCUGCCGUAAAUUAAUUAAACUACCAAAAAACAGACAUGCAUAUUUGUAUAGAAGGCUGUGCUCAUGGCGAUCUGGACAUGAUCUAUGAGGAGCUUCGAAUAUAUGAAGAACAGACGCAGAAAAAAGUCGAUCUACUUAUUUGUUGUGGUGACUUCCAAGCAACAAGAAAUAAAGAGGAUUUAGCAUGUAUGGCUGUUCCUAAGAAGUAUUUGGAGAUGGGAGGAUUCUACAAAUAUUAUACUGGCUUACAAGUGGCACCGAUUCUCACAUUAUUCAUUGGUGGAAAUCAUGAAGCAUCAAAUCAUUUGCAAGAACUCUCAUAUGGUGGUUGGUGUGCUCCAAAUAUCUAUUAUUUAGGAAAUGCAGGCGUCAUUAACAUUAAUGGCUUAAAAAUUGCUGGAGUUUCUGGGAUCUACAGGCAUUACAACUAUCGUAAAGGACAUUAUGAAUGUCCACCGUAUGACGAUAAUACAAUGCGAAGUGUUUAUGCAAUGCGUAAUUUGGAAGUCUUUCGUCUACGUCAAUUAAAGCCACUGACUAUUGAUAUUAUGGUGUCUCAUGACUGGCCACAGAAAAUUUGGGAACAUGGAGAUAGGACAAAGAGGUUUGGCAAGGUUGAAGGUUUAUUAAGGAAAAAGCCUGAUUUUAAAGCUGACAUGGAUUCUGGUAAACUUGGAAAUCCACCUUGUUGGGAUCUUUUGACAAAGCUUAAGCCAAAAUAUUGGUACUCCGCACAUAUGCAUUGUCGAUUUGAGGCAAAAGUAUUUCACGAAGAAGCAGAUGCAGCUACAGACUUUGUUGCUCUUGAUAAAUGCAUAUUAGGACGUCAUUUUCUUGAAUUUGUUGAAAUUGGCGAGCCAGUUGAAAGAAAUGAAGACGGAACUGCUAAAUUAACUAUGGAAUAUGACCCAGAAUGGCUGACAGUACUUUCAUUGACUAAUAAGUUCCUCAAUUGCACAACAUCUGAUACAAAACUCCCGUACGAACCUUCACAGAACCAGUCACGUGCCAAUGAGCAGCGCUGGAAAUUUUCACCAACAGAAGAGGAAGUUCAGGCUGUCCUCAAAAAGUUUAAUAAUGACUUGACAAUUAAACACAACUUUAAGCAGACUGUGAAUGGCUAUGAUCCAGAAUGGGACGGAGGGAACUUUAAUAACUUGAAGAUGCCAGAUCCUAGUAUUAACAUCCAAACAGUUGAGUUCUGUGAUAAACUCGGAAUUGAUGAUCCACUGCUGAUUGUAUCCAACUUAAAUAACGUAAAAGUACAUGUCCCUAAUUACACUAUAUCCGAUCAGGAAGCCUUCAAAGAUUGUAAUAUUGUUUCAGACAAGCAAGCCACCGCGACGAAAAAGCCACAACUCUCAUUGCCCAAGCCGAUAAACAACGACGAAAUUGAUCUAGAUGACUUGGACGAUGAUAUUGAGGACAGUGAGGCAUUAAAAAGUACAAAGUCACCUCAAGUAAAAGCUGAAAUUAGGCAAGAAGAGAAGAUUGAAGUACAAAGUGAAUUAGAAGAACCGACAAAAGUUGAAGAAAAGGUAAAUAUUGAAGAACCUGCAGCUAAAAAGUUUAAGCGACGAAAUCAAGAUCUUUAUGCAGCAACUGAUGAGUAACUUAAAUUUUUGACUAUGAAUUAUCAAAGAAAAUAAUUAUUAAGCUGUAAUUAAAGAUUAAGGUGUCCACAAAAGGUUUAUUGUGUUUUUGUCUGUCAUUAAAAGUUUUUUCAGGAAUUCAAGCUUUCUUAAAAAUUGUAAAAAUUUCGCACAUGCUUUGCAGAAGCCGU